AUGUCUGAAAGAAAGGCUAUAAACAAGUACUAUCCACCGGAUUACAACCCGUUGGAGGCUGAAAAGCUGUCCAGGAAGAUGUCCAAAAAACUGAAAACCAUGAAUAAGAGCCAAGCAUCGAUUAGAUUGAUGACGCCAUUCAGUAUGAGAUGUUUAGAAUGUAACGAAUACAUCCCUAAAAGUAGAAAGUUUAACGGUAAGAAGGAACUCCUGAAAGAGAAGUAUUUGGACUCUAUAAAAAUCUACAGGUUAACCAUAUCAUGUCCUCGCUGCGCCAACUCCAUUACAUUCAGAACGGAUCCCGGUACCUCUGAUUAUGUGAUGGAGAUCGGAGGUGUGAGAAACUAUGUCCCACAGAAGCCCGAUGAUAAUUCUGAACCAAAACCGGCGGCGGAAAGUAUAGAUGACACACUCCAGCGAUUAGUACGAGAGAAGGAAACGGAGCAGAAUGAGAAAUUGGGCAUAAAGGACCAAGCAGACGACAAGAUGGAUCUGCUGGAGAAACGACUGGCUAAGAUUCAGCAAGAACAAGAAGAUGACGAAGAAUUGGAAAAUCUAAGGAAAAGGAAUCUAGAAAUGGGACAAAGAGCAGAAUUGAUAAACCGCAACAACCAUUCCCAACAGGAAAAGACAGAGACGUCGCAUGAGCUUGACGAUCUUGUGGAGCGAGCAUUCGAUAAUCACAGGCAGCAUGCUGCCAAGACAGACGAUGGCCACGAUAAAAAAAAGGCCCCACUGUUCAAUCCCCUAGCCAUCAAGGGGAGAGUGCAAAAGAAGAAGAAGCUCUCGCGGACUAAUCCAUUGGGGAUAGUCGUGAAGCGUGGGAACCCGUCUCCCAAGUGA